AAAAUAAAAUAAAAUUGAUAAAUAAAUCGACGAAAUCAAUCAGGCGGUUCCGAGACGCCAGGACAGCCUGUGAGGCCCCGCUCCAUGGGCUCCGUUGACUUGAGUUGCAGAACAGGAUGAUAGCGGCUUUGCGUGUAGCGCGGUAGAAAGAACGGAGAGGAAAAUGCAAAAUACCUUCGCAAAAUGUCCCCGGCACUUUCCCAAAAUGUAAUCGGACAAAGAUCAACACUUCGUUCUUCUGUGCUUGAGGCAGAGGUUGAACAAUGGAGUAUUGUUAUUCCAGCAGUGAGCAAGACCUCAAAACCUAUUUAGGCUACCAGAACAAGAUGACUCAUAACAUCCUGAAGAGUUUACACCGUGUUGAACUUGGUGGAUACAACUACUGGCCACUCUUCUCCCAAAUUGGAAUUCGCCUUUAUAGCUAUGAAGAAAUUCCGACCUUUUUAAAGGGCAAUCCUUAUAUCACUGAUGGAUAUAGGGCCUACUUACCGUCAAGCUUAUGUAUCAGAAGCCUCUUUGUAUUGUCCAAUGAGAGUGUGAACAUAUGGAGCCAUUUGCUGGGGUUUUUCCUCUUCUUCGUCAUUGUCCUACACGAUACUUGCUUCCUCCUCCCGUCGUCGAACAGCACCAGGGAUGACUACGUGGUUUUCAUUAUUUUUGGCUUUUGUUUUCAGUUCUGCAUGUUAUGCUCAGCAGGAUAUCAUUUAUUCUGUUGCCAUCAUUCAGAGAAGACUAGUCAGCAGUGGCUUGCUCUCGAUUAUGCUGGCGUCUCCGUAGGAAUGCUGGGAUGUUAUGUCCCAGGAGUCUUUUAUGCCUUCUAUUGUGCUGAGUAUUGGAGACAAGUGUACCUUAUAACCGUGCUGGCCAUGAUUUUUGUAAUGUUCCUCACACAAAUCCAUCCGCAUUAUGCCUCCCAGCAUUGUCACAAGCUGCGCAUCCUGCUGUUCUGCUUUAUCGCUGCAUACGGAUUAAUCCCCACCGUUCACUGGAUAUUUCAGAAUGGGGGAAUUGGGGAACCGGUGGUUAAGGUGUUUGCACCGAGAGUAGGUGUGAUGUAUCUACUAGCAAGUUUGGCAUUUUUGUUUUAUUACAGUAAAGUACCUGAGAGGUACUUUCCUGGGAAGGAAAUCUGCCAUCCUUACCCGGUCAUGUCUACAUAUGAUUCCAGAUCUACUGUAAUGUGGUUGACCCUUAACUGCCCUCUGAAAUAACUGAGCAAGACACUCGAAUCAAGGAUAAAUAGGGAUAGGUAAAAAAUGUUGACCUUGCCAUUGAUGUCCACAUCCCAGGGGGAAAGUAAAACUGCUGUGUACCUUCAGACAAUUCCUCCAAAACGUAAACAGCAGCAUAUCUUUACUCCUUGUUAGAAAGUUUUGUGUGUGAAUUUGGCAACAUUACAGCAAUAGUUUAGACACAUUUAAACCGAUACAAUGUAUUUUAGGGCAUCAAAAUGUGGUGAUAAAUAAAAUGCAAUUUGUAUUUUUCUCUGUCUCUUUCUCUUGAUUAGGGAUGGGGAAUAUGUUGGUGUUGUCAGAGACAUUUUGCUGAUUCUUUGUUAAAUUGGUCUUUCACUGCACUUUCUUUUUAAAAAAAGGACUUGUUGAUUCACAAAACCAAUCAAAGAUGUUUUGUGGGCUGAAUGUACAUAUUUAGGGCUGUUUCAGAAUUACAGACACCCUUCCAACUCCUAGAUUUUUACAUAUUGUCCAUUUAAUAUUAAUCUUCCUGCGUAUUAUGAUGGGUUCACUUGAUGUGCUUCCUGGUGAAGUUAAAUCUCAGGCAGAAUAUGUAAUGAGUUCCAAUUAGUGCUCGACAAAAGCUUGCAUAAAGAGGCCACAUACAGAUGUUGGCUAAACUCUCUUAUUUUUGUAUUGUCAACAGUAGAAUGAUUUGGAGAUGCCUGUGUUGGACUGGGGUGUACAAAGUUAAAAUGACACACCAGGUUAUAGUCCAACAGGUUUAUUUGGAAGCACUAGCUUUCGGAACGUUGCUCCUUCAUCGGGUGAUUGUGGUAUGCAAAAGGCUUAGGAGGAUAUUAGAUAAUAGAGGUCUUCAAAAUAAAACAUUGAGAGGUUGAUUGACCAAAGGUUUCUUGCAGUGGGGGAUCAGUGAAAAAGAGCAUUGAUCCUCAGUAGCAGUUGGGGAGGGGGGAUGACAGAAUUGUCGACUUAUGGAGAGAUAUUGGAGAGAAGUUUUGAAGCAGACGUGAGAAGCAGUUUGAUAUUUCAACUAGAGAAAAAAGCAAGACAGUGGGUACGGUAAGAAAAUGAGACUGGAACAAAGUUGGUACAGGCACUGAAAUAAUUGCAUGGAGGCCAGUAUCCCGUCACCAAAUGACCCUUCAUUUAUAUGUGCACAGCACAUAGGCUCUGACCUGCCAACUUAGGGUUAACUGGCCCAGGGUUAACAACCUGAAUCAGGGAUCUUAUGAGAUCCACCUGGCCUUGGGUUCCAAUCAUGACAGGCACUGAGCUUCAAUGCCUCCUGUGUGCUGUAGUGGUUAGCACUGCUGCCUCACAGCAUUAGGGUGCUCCGGUUUC